CUCAUUUCUCUUGGAUUAAAUUCUUUCUGUAUUUUUCAACAAAAAUUUCAAUCUCAUCAUACGGACGUAAUUUUUUUCAAGUUUAUACAUUCUAUUUGCUUUCCAUUAAGUUACUUACCACGACUGGUGCAAGAAACAUUGGAAGGAUGUUAUAGUACAGGUUUGCACACUUUAUUUAACAUUACUGUUUACAUUUUGGGCAAUUAACGGUGUCAGUUGCCACGGAAUUAAAGAACACCACAAAGGAAUAGUGCUUAAAUAACAGGAAUCAAGGUAAUUGAGCGGAAAAGAUCUUGAAAAUGUCGUCGAAUAAGGACAAUCGUAUCAUUAUGAAGUAUCCUCAGGUAAGAGCAAGGAAAAAUCUAAUUUAAUAAGUUAAUAUUUUAAAAGAUUUAAUUAUUUGUUUUAUAUACAUUCAUUCAUGUUGCAAGAAUCUGAAAAUUUCAGAGAAAAUUUCUGAAAUUUUCACCACAUUAUGUGUUGGUCCAGUGUAGGUGGUGUUCAGCAGUGAGCUGCCAUGGUUUGUGUCUGAAGUGCAUACAAAGAUGUUAGAAACGAAUCAUUUUGACAUAUCUAGCCGAGGGCUUUGUCAAGAGAUUUAUAGCGAUGCAAAGGGCCUACACUUGUGGGCUCUCAAAGUUUGUCACUGAUUACUUUAAAAUAUACUCUAUGUGCAAAUCCGUGUUGCAAUUUUUACUUUACAAAAUGACAGGGAAUCGUAAAGAUGAACUACUGUAACGUGAUAUGAAAACUUACAAAUUAAACAAACGAGCAAUGUUUUGCAUGUCUAGUAAUGGUGAUAUUUUACUCUUUCCUAAACUGCAUUCUACUCAAAACUGCAUGGUUGUUUUAGGUUUUCUUAAUAAUCAUCCCUUUUCAAAAUGAACUUCAGCUAAUGCUGCCAUGAGUCCUACACAACGUUAAGUUUUAUGGCUAAAAAUCAACCAGUGUGCAUUCCACGCACUCCACGCCGGAUAUAUCCAGCAUGAGGUUACAAAAUUGUUGGCGUAAUGGUGUGAGAUCACUCGAAAACAAGUGAUUAGUUUGUGCCUGAUUUCAUGGCUACAUGUAAAUUGACAGUACAUGCAGUACAUAAAUUAACUUAAAAACACACCAUAUGAGCUAUUUUCAAAACAUGAAUUUAAGUUCCCAAAAUUGAAAAUCUCCAAUGUAUUGGCGUAAAGGUUCGUACAUGUUGGCAUAUCUCUGGCAUAAGUUUACAUGGAAUGCACCCUGGAAAAUCAAUCAAGUAAAAAAUGGGGAAAAUUGGAGACUAAUUAUUUUAUCUGACACUGCCAAACAUUGUCUUCCUAGUAAAAUGAUUCCUUUAACUAUAGACAAACACCUACUCAGCUGACAACUGCUUAUUUGAAAUAAUUCUAAAUGCCCUGACUUGAAACAUGUCAUGUCUAUUUUCUGUAUUUAAUUUUUUUUUCUUUUGUUGGGAUUUGCUUAAAAUGAAGUAAUACACAUAUUGUGUGGGUCAUUCCAGAAAACAUCCCACACAGAGGACAUUGGAAGUAUCCCUUUAAGAUGCCCUAGUACAUUUUACUACUAUCAGAAAUACAGUAGAUUUCCCCCCUACUCCUCCGGAUGGCAGAAAUAUUCGCUGUAGGAAUGACCCAAUCGUGGCUUGACCAUUAACCCAUUGUGUGCCAGUACUCUGAUGCUCUCCAUUUGAUGAGUAGGAUCGUCUGGCGUUAGCAGUGGCGUGCUGGGUACUAUUUUUCUGGGGGGGCCAGUAGGCUGUCAACAAAUAUGCGCCCCUAUGUUUCGCUUGAUAAACGAGGGCCAAAGGCACGAGCCGAGCGCCGCAGGUGCGAGGUUUGUCUAGGGGGGUCCGAGGGCAUGCCCCCCAGGAAAAUUUUUGAAUUUAGAGUCUCUGAAAUGCCAUUUCCUGGACUUUGGGGGAAGAUUUGACAGAAAUCUGAUGGUCAGGAAACGGCAUCGUGUCGAAAUUUGUAAUUUGGUUUGAAUUUAGUAGUAGUAGUAGUAGUAGUGGUACUUAUAUUAUGCAAUGCUAACAACUUCCAGCGAUUAAUCUACAGUAAUCCCAAUUCUAUUCUCUACUGAUCUAGUGAUCUGAAUACAAUUACAACAUACAGCUCUUUUAUACAAUAACACAUGGACCCCACGCAUAUGCAUUUUAAGGUUUCCCUGCCUGGCUGCCAAAAGGGCGCGUUUCAGAAUUAUUUCAUUACUCACAUUACUCAUGAUGUUUCUAGCGCAAACAACUAAAUUGCGUACCCAACUUUACAUUAAUAUCAUAACCUUAAACUAUCUAAUUUGCGCCGCUCUUGUGAUUCGUAAUAAAGGGCAGUGAAGCAUAAUAAAGGGCAUACAUAAUACCAGCAAAAAAGGGCAUAAUUCCUGUGAUCGCUUCGAAACCUGACCAAUAUUCCGGUGAUGAGACAUUGCGUGUGAUCACAGUUCAUGUUUCUAUAUGAACGAUUUUGUGUGUGUUGUGAAGUAGCAAAUUAGCAAAUACGGUUAGACAAAAUAGUUUGUAUAAUUUAAUAUAUCACUUUGUCGCCUAUGCGCUUAGUCUGUUUUAUAAGCCUAUAAACACAUCUUUUCUCGGAGGAAGUAAAUAUAUUUUUUCGAAUGCGUUUUUUCCAACCCACUUUCAAAACUUGGCGCGGGAUCGGCGCUCCCUUUUCAUUUUUGCGCCCUGCAAGAAUUGCCAGCUGGGGGGGCUGUGGUCCCCCGGCCCCCCCUGCCAGCACGCCACUGGGCGUUAGACAGAGUAUAAUACUAAAGUAAGGCACAUUGCUACUUAAUGACUUAAAGGGUUAAUAUCUAGGGAUCAAUACAAGCAUUUUAGUCGACUACUUUUUUUUCGGAAGUUCUAAGAUUAAGUUUUCGAAGGAGACUGUUACCCCACUGUCACCGAAACCUUGACUUUGUCUCAAUAAAAUAACAUUUGCCGCUUUCAGACAGCCCUUUUGAGCAAAUAUAUAACCGUUUUAAAACAGGUUUUUAUUGGCAUGUUGAAGAAUAUACAACGAUCAAGUACUUUCUUCCUUUUACAGUUAAAUUAAUUAUUCACAUUUGCCACAAUAUCUUCAAAGCAUAUUGUAAAAAAACCCAUAAAAUUUUAUGGGAAAAAAUUGAAUUUCAAAACUCAUUUGAAGAUUGAGUCUUUACUGCCUUGCAUGGGUAGUAGAAAAGUGCUGGGCAUGUAUUAAUCGCUGAGUAUUAAUAGUUGGUUUUACCGUUUUAAUAUAGGUAACAAAAAAAGCAACUUAAUUUACCAUGAAAAAUGUCUAAUAAUUUAUAAAUUUAAACCUAUGCAUGCUACAUCUCAAUUUGUAACUUUAUCACAAAAAACAAUGUGUAAUGCGAUAUUUGAUAUUGGCUACGAUAUAUUGGCCUGAAUUAUGUUAUUUGUGUUGGAGUAAUGCAUUACUGUACAUAACACCUGUAAUGCAAUAUUUGAUAAAAAAACCUAUAAUUCUGCAAUAUAAAAACAACGUGUAAUGCAAUAUUUGAUAUUGGCUACGAUAUAUUGGCCUGCAUUAUGUUAUUUGUAUUAGAGUAAUCCAUUAUUACUGCAGAUUCGGGAAGACUGAUUAUUGUGUGCAUUACAACAGUAAUACAUUAUGACAUUUUCUAGGCAGCUUGAUUGACGUUGUCAACAAAUUCAACAUUGCCAUUCAUGGCGGGAAUGUUGCAGUUUACGAACAAGGAAAAGCAUUAUCGAGCGAAACCAGAAGAAGUAUUAUUGACAAAAUAAGGCAUGACUAAAACCACCGAAAUUCAACAAAUAUUACGUUUUUUGGGCCGUAGGUUUGGGCAAAUUUAUGAAUAUCAGGGCCGUAGGAAGCUCUUUUCAAUUGGCGGGGGGCUGAAAGCGAGGGCCAAAGGCCCAAGGAAAUUUUAAAAUUUAAAGUCUCUGAAAUGCCAUUUUCUGGACUUUGGGGAAGAUUUGACGGAAUUCUGAUGGUCAGAAAACUGCGUUUUAGUAUGUCGAAAUUUACUAUUUAGUAGUACUAAAUGGGCGAAGGCAUAUUUAAUUAACUAUAUAUUGGAUAAGUUGCUGGAAAGUAUGGGUAAUAUCUUCAUUCUUUGCAGUUUGUCAUGGAUUAAAUGAUAAAGGUCUGCAUGAUUUUGAAAAAAGAAUUGGGGGGGGGGCUGCACCCCCAGCCCCUCGGUUGUUACGGCCCUGAACAUGAUGUUUUUCGCACAAUACAUAUAUAAACCACACCAUCGCAAUUUCAAUCAACCUGCCCAGAAACAUCAUAAUGCGACUGUUGCAACACACACAAUAAUUUAAUGUGUUAAACAGUCUUCCCGAAGUCAAGUAUGGGCCCUACUUCAUUAUUUUACUCUGCCUAAAGCCAGACAAUUUUACUCCUCAAAAGAAGUGAGCUGUUCGCUCAUUGGGUUACAGGUAAUCUAUGUGAAGCGUUCCUCUUUUGAGUUCUUAAGUUGAUUGCAAAAUUCCUCAUUGCCUUUGCAAAUUUGAAAAACUCCCAUGCAAAUCCCUUAAGGGAAUUUGCAAUGUUCCUAAAAGCCAAUUAAAUUUUCCUCAGUUCCUGUUAGAAGUUCUUAACUUCUUGUUACGAGUUUCUAACUUCUUGUUCUGUUCUGCGCGUUGUAAUUGGCUAACAAAAAUAAUCCACCACCAUGACUAUGCUCAGAACAGAACAGAACAGAACAGAACAGAACAGAACAGAACAGAACCGUACAGUACAGUACAGUACAGUACAGUACAAUACAGUACAGAACAGUACAGAACAGAACAGAACAGAACAGAACAAUACAGAACAGAACAGAACAGAACAGAACAGAACCGUACAGUACAGUACAGUACAGUACAGUACAGUACAGUACAGAACAGAACAGAACAGAACAGAACAGAACAGAACAGAACAGAACAGAACAGAACAGAACAGAACAGAACAGAACAGAACAGAACAGCACAGCACAGCACAGAACAGCACAGAACAGAACAGAACAGAACAGAACAGAACAGAACAGAAUAGAAUAGAAUAGAACAGGAAGUCAGGAAAUUAAAAUAGGAGUUACAAGGAAGUUUCUCUGCAUUGGAAUAUUGCAAAUUCCCUCAAGGGGUUUGCAAAGAGAUUUUCAAAUUUGCAAAGGUAAUUAGGAAAAUUCCAAAUGAGUUCGGAAUUCAAAAGAGGAACGCUUCACAUAGUUUACCUGUAAGGAAUUAUUUUAUAUAUAUAUCUUCAUAUUUCUUCUGCCACAGCCAUACAACCAGGAGACAGUGGUUCGAAAACAGACAAAUUUUAGUUUCAAGACAAGAGAAGCUGUGGAAUCUGGAGAAUUAUUCGAAACUGUUGGGUAAGACCAUAGUCUGUCAAGAUAUGAUGGUCUGGAAGCCAUCGGCAAAACUGCAAAGCCACAAAAUAGAAGACCUUUGUUUGGCAGGGGCAAAACUAGCCCCUUUAAAUUAGGGGGGUGUCUGGCAGAAUUGCCCUGCCAAAACCAAUGAUGCCCUGCAGCCUGCAGUGCCAGCGCUAAUACAAUAUAUCACUAAGCUACAUGUAUAAUUGAACUGCCAAUGUACAUGCAUACGAACUGCUUAUUGUUUGCUAGCUGUAAUAAGUUACUUAAUAAUUCUACAUUCUAUCAUUUAAAAUUGCACUCAUAAUUCAUUAAAAUCAUUUAUUUUAUUGGAAAUUUGCCCUGCCAAUCGGGAUGAUUCGUAUUUUGGGUGGGUGUCACCCCCCCAAUUUUGCCCCCUGCAUUUUGGGUAUGACUAAAAGGAGAGUUCAGAUUUUGGAUAGUUAAGUUUGAACCACACCCACUUUUCCCAAUGACCACACCCAAUUUCGUAACUCUCCCAAUGAUACACACCAGUUGGUAACAAGCUACUUUUUACUUUGGUAGUCCACAACGGAGUAUUUCAAAACGUGAUCAGCGUUAACUUUAAAAUAAUAAUCAGACUCAGCUAUGGCCUCGCUUAAGGAUCAUUUCCACUCAAGAAAAUUUUCCGAAAAUAUCAUUGUUAAAAGUUAAAAAUUUUCAACUUCAAAAUUUUUUUCCGACGGAAAAUUUGUGUCUGCCAAUCACAUUUUACAAAUUUUUCUUUCAGCGGAAAAUUUUCCUGAGGUGGAAAUGAGCCUUAAUGCCUGUGGGCUAACAGUGUUCUGUAAAAACUACGCAGAAUUCGAAGUUAUGAAAACUAUCUCGAGAAUUACCCACUAUUUAAUUGACGUCAGGGUUUUUUUGUAAAGACGUCAUAUUGACGUCUUUGACCUUUCUCCAAAAGAACACAUACAUAACUUACUUUGCCACCGAUGUAAGUUGCAUGCAGUAUGUAUGCAUCAUACACAGGCUUUUAGUCAGAAGGGCGUCCUGGGACGCCCAUAGAACAAACAAUGGACGCUUUUGGACGCCCAAAUUCUGGGGGAAAAGGUAUAUUAUUUUCAACAAUUUCCCUAAGUAUAUUAAUAUAUCUGAGACGAAAUAGCUUCAAUUCUCAUUAUUAUUAUACAUUUGACAUUUUGAUCAAUUUGAUAGUGUACCCGGCCGAAUGAAAAUGUUGUAGUUAAGUAAAGCAGCAUAGCGGCACAAACUCGGUGCUCACAAAAUUUCGAACGAGCUUGGAACAGAUACUGAUAUGAAGUAACGUACGUAAACUUCAAAGGUUUUUCAGAGGAAUGUUUUCUCGAACCCCCUUUACUGUACAUGUAUUGUUGUACCAAAAUUGGACGCCCUCUUUUAGGACCCUGGUUAAAAGCCUGAUUUUGCCUCAAAGCGGGGAUAGCGCUCGUGUAGGGAGAUAAGAAACUUUAAAAAUCUUACAGUAUGUCUUGUCACGUGUGUUGAAGAUUAUACCACAAACUGACACAAUUAAACUCCCUAAUGAUAAAGAAAGGCAACGUAUCUCGUGUUUUCCCUGGAAUAUAUUGCAUGGUUUGUAUUUUUUCCCCAUUCUUUAUUAUCAGGAUGAAGGUUUGUAAGACGAUAGUUAUUGGUGAUGUUGCUGUUGGGAAGACAUCUUUGGUCAACAGGUAAUCAGUUAUCUCUCCAGGGGCCGGUUGUUCAAAGGUGGAUGAGCGCUAACUCAGGGUUAAAAUUUAACCCGCUGUUUUAGUUUGCAUAUUUCUGCAUGUCCAUUUAUUUCAAAAAGUCAGAAGAGAAAACUCCUGUUGAUCCAGACAUGAUUUGUGAAGAAAUAUUUCCAAAUUUAUAACCAAGCUGUUGGUUAGUUUACUUUGAAUUUUAAGUUAACCUAGGGUUAAGCUAAUCGGCUUUUGAACAACUGGCCCCAGGGCUUGAAGAAAAUAUUGAGGGAAAAUCGAGUGGCGGAUAUAGUGUGAUGGUGCAAGGGGGCGCGCACCCCACCUAGUAGUGUCUGGUACCACCUAGAGAAGUCCAGCACCACCAUAAAAAAUCUGCUUGACCAUACAUUUUCUGCUUUUCGAAUAGCGAUUAGAGGACAUUCUGCUGUUAGCGUGUGUCGAUUUCUUGAAACGAUCUAGUUAAUUUGUGAACUCACGAGAAAAUACUCGGAAUACUUUAGUUGAAUAUCAUGGUUAAAUACAUAAACAUGUCGAGGUUGUUAUACAGCCAUAUUUUCAAAUAUACUGUACUUGAACAAGCAAAUUUACUGUUCUGUGCUACAGCAACUGUCCAGUCGCGCAUACGUGAUAAAAAACCGAUAUGAACUUUAUAAACAUAAGAUAAUGUAAAACGGAACGGCGAACAUGCAGAUUCGGCCAUCUCAAAUAAUGGUAAUGUUGCGAUAGUAGCGUUGCAGACUGCAGAGGAGAGUGGACAGUAAGGCUCCCUCAUGCACCACCCCAUGGAAAACCUGCACCCCUCCUUGCAGAUGAGGCUAGAUCUGCCCCUGGGAAAAUCGUUUGCUAUAUGUCAAUAUUUUUUAUAAUUUGCACCAUUUUUUUUUCAGAUACUGCAAGAAUGUUUUUGAGACGGACUACAAGGCGACAAUUGGAGUUGAUUUUCAAAUGGAGAUUUACAAUAUUUUAGGUCUACCUUUUAGUAUGCAAAUGUACGUAUUCUUUAGAUUACCCCAUUGAGUGACAGCAUAGUCGGACACAGGGACGUCGCUACCUGGGGGUGGGGGUGUAAAACCCCUCCCCCAAUAAUUCAAACGUUGGUCAAAGUUGGUCAAAAUGGAACUGGUAUUUGCUCAAAGUUGGUCAAACUGGAACUUAUAUUUGCUUAAAAUUUAAGGUCAAAGUCGGUAAAUUGUGGUGAAAAAUUGGCAAGCCUUGCUUAUUUUGGUCGAAAAAUGUUUAAAUAUGCUUAUAUUAGUCCGGAAAAUCCCCCCCCCCUCAACCCCCUGUCGACAACAUUUCCGUGAAAUUUUUUUACGACUUGGACAAAAUUCUAUUAAAUGUUGGUCAAAACAUGACGACCCCCAAUGUUGAUGCCUUAGCGACGUCCCUGAUCGGACAGAAGUAAUAGACCUCAUUAUCUAUGUUUUUGUCUUGGUUUAUGCAGAAAUGAUCAGUUCAUCGUCACGUGUGUAUUGUAUUUUCGCCAGAGCAACUAAUAGCUAUGCUUUCAUUUAACCAUUGUGUACUAUCACGACUGGGUAAUUAAACCAACACACUUCUAUUGGUCGAGUUUCCUAACCUUCUAAUUCUAUUUUCUAUGGUGGCAGCACUCUCCCCUUGACGAGUAAAAUCGUUUGGCGUUAGACCGAGUAAAAUAAUAAAGUUGAGCGCAUUGCCACUGAGUUAAAGGGUUAAAAGUUGUUGUGAGUUUUGUGUGCAAAAACACUUUGUUUUGGCAUAAUUGUGUUGUUUACACCUGUUAUAGCUUGCUAGUAAAAGAAAAUGUUGCUGAAAUUACUACUCAAUUUUUUUUCUAGGUGGGAUACUGCUGGUCAAGAACGAUUUAAAUGUAUCGCAUCGGCUUACUAUAGAGGAGCCCACGGUACUGUUCAUACUACUACGUUAACUGAUAUACAUAACUUAAUUCGCAACCUCGUAUCCAGGGUCCUCCCGUGCGAAGGUAAGACCCUGCGUACGAAGUUGCUUAAUUUAAUGGACCAUUCCCCCAAUUAACCAAAAUUUUGAACUCGCCAAGUCUUGACAAAAAAUUCAUCACAGCUUGAAAGAGCAUCACAAAAUUAGUAAUAUUCCAAAGUUUCGUUGCAAAAUGUUGUAAAAUGCGGAUAAUAUAGCCUUGCGAAGUUUGCAAUUUUCAGUCAUUUUAGAUUACAAACGGGAAAUGGUUACCACUUCUGUGCGUAAUACAAAAUGACUGAAAAUUACAAACUUCGCAAGGCUAUAUUAUCCGCAUUUUACAACAUUUUGCAACGAAACUUUGGAAUAUUACUAAUUUUGUGAUGCUCUUUCAAGCUGUAAUGAAAUUUUUGUUUAGGCUAGUUAAGGUCAAAAUUUUGGAAAAGUGGUAUCUAUUUCCCGUUUGUAAUCUAAAAUGACUGAAAAUUGCAAAUUUCGCAAGACUAUAUUGAUUUAUAUUAUCCGCAUUUUACAACAUUUCGCAACGAAACUUUGGAAUAUUACUAAUUUUGUGAUGCUCUUUCAUGCUAUGAUGGUAUUUUGUCUAGACUUGUUGAGAUCAAAAUUUUGGUUAAUUGGGGAAUGGUCCAUUGGCUGGUGAAGGCACGCAGUCUUUGGGUGCCAUCUAGUAUUUAGUAUGAUUUGAUCUAAGUACAACAUCAAAUCCUUAGGAGGUGCAAGAUAUGUGGUCAUUUUAAAUCGUUUUGUAUUUUUUCAUAUUUAGUUAUCGUGGUUGUUUUUGAUCUCAGUGACAUCAAAUCAUUAGAAGGUGCAAGGUAUGCGAUAAUUUUUAUUCAUCCUAAAUUAACAAUACAUCAUUACCUUUCAUUUUACAUAAUAUGCUUCUGUACCAAAUGUCAGAUAGUCAGAGGCGUAACUAGAUGCGAUAAUUGGGAGUGCAUAUUCAUAUAUUCAUGUUCACAUACCGUAAAAACAAUCCCUUUCUAAACAAAUCAGUAAGGCAGAACACGAAUAUAUGAAUAUGCCCCCCCCCCCACAAUUAUAGGCUUUCUCUUCUUGUAACAUUUGAUCAAAUUGAGAAUAGUUCUUACAGAUUAGUCAGAAUCUCUACGGCAUAGCUGCAGAAGUUAGGCAGCCAUAAAGCGACUACAGUAUCUUCAUAGACGAUGGGGCUAACUCUAAAUUAGAAAUGUGUGCUUCCUGCACAUCAAUCAAAUCUACAGUCAUGCUCUAAGAUAAACAGUUUUCAAUUAAUGAUAAAGCUAUUUAAUGUGAACAAUUUCUGUUCUUCUCCAGGCGGUGGCUUAAUGAGGCAAUAGCGGAAAAUUCUAGUCAUUCACCCGAUAUUUUUCUUGUCGGGUCAAAGAAAGAUCUUUUGGUAAGAGAAUUAGCUACUAUAUACACACGUAAAACGCUCUUGAAAGAUAAUGUUACAGGUCUGCAAACAAGUUGUUACAGGUCUGCCAAAAAGUUGUUACAAAUUUGUUCACAAACUGUCGACAAGUUGUGUUCGCACUGCUUGUUCCCAGUUGUUGUAACAAGUUUGAUGGCAUUAUCAGACUUGUUACAAGGUUGUUCUAACAAGUCUGAUACAGUCGUGAUAUAACAAGAAUGUUACAAGGUUGACGACACGAAGUUGUAACAAUAUUGUUAUAUCAUGACUGUAUCGUACUUCUUGGAACAACCUUGCAACAAGUCUGAUAAUGCCAUCAAGCUUGUUACAGCUUGUUCCAAACAGCGAACACAACUUUUUAGCGGCGUGUUGGCAGACAUCCUAUACAAGUAAAAAUGCACAAGUUGUUACAAGUCUGCAAACAAGUUGUUACAAAUCUGUUCACAAGCUGUCGACAAGUUGUGUUCGCACAGCUACAAGCUUGUUGGCAUCAUCAGACUUGUGACAAGGUUGCUCUAACAAGAAUGUUACAAGGUUGACGACGCAAGGCUGUAACAAUAUUGUUAUAUCAUGACUGUAUCGAACUUGUUGAAACAACCUUGUAACAAGCUUGAUAAUGCCAUCACGCUUGUUCCAAGUUGUUAACAGCUUGUUACAAACUUGUUGACAACUUGGGACAAGCAGUGCGAACACAACUCGUUGACGGCUUGUUGACAGACUUCCUACAAGAUGUGAAAUUUUUACGCAUGCAUGUACAAUUCGCCCUUCACGAAAAUUGCUAGCAGUUGUUUUUUAUUUCUUCCAAAUUGCGUUCAUGCGUGUUAUAACGUAUUUUCUAAUAUUUCAGAAACAAAUUGAUCUAGAGAAAAUGGAAGAAUAUGCUGUGGAUUUUGCUAAAGAAUUUAAUGCUGAGUAUUGGAGUGUCUCCGCUAAAUCAGGUUUCGUAUAUUUUGAAUAAUAACAUCGACCUUCCAUGAAUCAUGAAUAAUAAAAACACUAGACUUGACUACUUGCACACAUAAAAAUCUCACAACUUGUCAACAAAAGAUGUGUUCGCAACAGGCUUGCAGCAAGCUUGUCAACAAGUUGUAACAAUGUUGUUAUUUUAUCAAGUUGUACAAGGUUGUUACUCGCUUCUUGUUGACAAAUUGUUGAAUUAUAGGACGAUAAGAAGACAACCUUGUAGCAAGUUGUCAACAAGUCGUUGUCAACAAGGGAACAAGCGGUGUGAACACAUCCUGUUGACAAGUUGGAACAGCAUAAUUGCUACAAGUCUGAAUUCUUUAUUUAGGGGAAAACGUUGAUUUGUUAUUUAUACGCACGGCAAGCCUAGCGUUCGACCAAGCAAUAUUGAGAGAAUACGAAGAUAUACAGAAUAUUGGAAGUGGUAAAAAACAACAGAUUGGAAACACAGUUAUAAGUAAGAUUACAAGUCAUACCAGGGGGGUGGGUCUACCGUGGGGGUGUAGGGGGCGUGCACCCCACCUAGUAGUGUCUAGCACACCUCCCUAGAGAAGCCAGCACCACCCUAAAAAAAUCUGCUUGACCAUACAUUUUCUGCUUUUCAAAUAGCGAUUAGCGGAACUUCUACUGUUAGCGCGUGUCGAUUUCUUGAAACGAUUUAAUUGGUUUGUGAGCUCACGAGAAAAUACUCAGAAUGCUUUAGUUAAAUAUCAUGGUUAAAUAUGUAAACGUAUCGAGGUUGUUAUACAGCUAUGUUUUCAAAUAUACUGUAGUUUAACAAGCAAAUUUACUGUGCUGUGCUUACGAACUGUCCAGUCACGCAUGCGUGGUAAAAAGCCGAUAUAAACUUUAUAAACAAAAGAUAAUGUAAAACGUAACAGAACGGCGAACAUGCAGAUUGGGCCAUCUCAAAUAAUGGUAAUGUUGGGAUAGUAGCGUUGCAGACUGCAGAGGAGAGUGGGCAGUAAGGCUCCCUCAUGCACCACCCCAUGGAAAACCUGCACCCCUUCUUGCAGAUGAGGCUAGAUCUAUCCCUGAGGCUAGAUCUAUCCCUGCUUAUUCAUCUUUUGUUAUUUUAGAACUUAAUAACAAUCCCCCUAACCGAGAAGCUUCAAAAAAGAAGGGUUGCUGCUGAGUGGAAAAAUUUAUGAAAAAACACAGUAAAAAUCUUUUGCCUGGUUUAGACACCGUACUUUUCAUGAGCCGAACUUAAUUAAGAGGCAAUGGUUUUCAAUGUUGCAGUGUAUUUGCGAUGAAAAGUAUUCGAAACCUAAAAUCUUUUUGGCAAUACUCUCAAAAUUACUUUGUUUUAACUUUAUUUUGUAGUUUACACAGUUAGCAACCUUUUUAAAUGUAUCUGGCGGUUGAGAAACACAAAAUAAUAGUUGAAUAUUGUCAAUUUAAAUACAAUUAUCAUUGAUGUUGUAAAAUUGACGCCAUAUUUAUACAGCAACGUAAGCAAAACUUACUGAACUUCAGAUAUCAUUUUCUCUUUGGCGUAUCAUCUAAAACCUCUUAUUUUAGCAUAAUUUUACAGAUAAAGCACUAAACAUACUUUUUAAGUUUUGUUUGCCGAUUGAGAAACGUAUCGAAAAAUAAAAAUUUUCAAUUUAGUCAUAACCUCAAGUGGAAUAUUAUACGCAUUAGUUUUGAGCGCGUGUUACGUAACAUACAAAAAAAUCUCCUCUUAAUGAGUUUGAGAUUUAAAAUUAAAUAUACGCGCUUAUUUUGGUUGACUAAAAUACGAAUUAAGAUCUGCUCAUGAAACAUACGGUGUCUAAACUGGGGCAGCAAAAAGUACAAGUAUAUUUUUAUAUACGCUUGCAAAAUAAUGUGAAGAAUUAUUAGGAUAAGGUGGUUUGAUACAGGGGAUAGACGAAAGAGUGAUUUUCAAGAUGGCGGCUAUUUUUCAAGAUCGUUAAAACGUGAAAGAAUCAAAUCAACAAACGAACAUGUUUUCCUUGACAAGUCUUGUUGCUGGUGUGCUUUUUGUUUAGAAAUAUUUCUUGUACAUGCACUUGUCAAGUUCGUCUUGGCGGCCGUACACGCAAUGAAAUUUUCCUUGUCCAAAACCUGGCAAGACUAGCUUUAAAUUGGAACAGGGGUCCUUUGCAAGGGAAAAUUUGGACCAGCUUUGAAAGAACAAUUUCCUUGACAAAGAAAACUUGUCAGUGUUUUGCAUAGAUAUCUUAUAUACACUAGAUAGCGCAUCUCUUUAAGUAAAAUUGAAGCCAAGAAUAUUCCAGCGGUUACCCCCAUUUGAAUAGAUGGCGGCCAUGUUGGAGUUUCCCACUCGCUAAUAAACGCUUAAAAAAACAACAAUAACUUUCAUCAUUUGAACAGUUUGAAAAUGUAUUUGGAAUAGGUUUAACUUACUGUUUAAGUUCCCUGUUUAAGAAAUAGAAAACAUACGAGUCUUCUCAUUUCAUGGGAAUAUCCUGAGUUUGCAAUCACGGCUUCAAUUUUUGAAUUGCAGAAUAAUUAGAUGCACUAUCUAGUGUAUAUAAGAUAUCUAUGAUGUUUUGCCGUACACGCGAGCAAAUAAAAAUUUUCAAGGAAAACAUGUUAAAGAAUACUACACAAUAAAUCGCUUGAUAGUAGAGCUGUGCGGUUAACCGAAAAAUUCUGUUCUCCCGGUACUUUUUUCAGCACCGAAAAAUUAUACACAAAAGAACCGGUAGUUUCGGUUUUAAUUUCCCGUUUAACGCCCGCCAAACGCCCACCUGAUUGCAGGUUGAAAUGUUUGGAAAAUAACAAGAUUGUGCUUUUUGUGCACAAUACGCACUGUACUAUAAGUGCUCGAAUAGUUGAUAUUUUAGUUGUGAUAGUUAUUGUUGUGAACUUGCUUUAAUUUUUUUUAAAAGCUAAGAAAUAUUUCAUCUUCAUAAAUAGAUUCCAAUUGUUUUUUUAAAAUAUUCAGAGAUUUAUAAAAACUUACAAAGGCAUAAAUUCAUCUAUUUAGUAAAAAUGCUCGAAACAUACAUAAAUGAGUUCAUACAUUUGUACUGUUCUUCUUUUUUGAAAAUAACCGAAACCGAACCGAGGUUUUUUUGUUCCAAAAAACCCGGAACGAGAUAAAAUUUUUGCAACCGCACAGCUCUAGUUGAUAGCAUGGUCAGACAAACUUUAUACGUAUUUUUAAGCGUAAAUGCAUUCUUAAGUGAAUACACAUACUUGCUGGGCUGUCUGUACUAAAUCUUCCUUCCGUCCAACCCUUUUAGCAAAAACCCUAAGGAUAAUAGCAUUAUUCAUUGUGUAUGAAUUGUAGUUAGUCUAGAUAGACUUAAGUUAUAAAUUGAAUUUCAAUGUAUUGAAUUAUUUAAUAAGGUAUGCGGUUCAAAGGUAUUUAGUUCGUAAAUUCUAAGUCAUAUAAUUAUAAAUUUCGAAAAUAAUAAAG